AGCAUGCCAGCUGCUUCUUUUCAUCGACAUCGUUCAGCGUGUUUUGCAAUUUUACUUAUAUGCCCUACUCUACAUGAAGUAAUGUCGAGUAAUUCUGCAUUUCAAAACGCAAACACUGCCAAAGCUUUCUCAAAAGCAAACAGAGAAUUUAUGUUGAGUCUUUUGAAGCAGUUACCAUCGAAAUCAAACGUCUUCUUCUCGCCUUUCAGUAUUUCUACGGCCCUUGCAAUGGUUCAUUUAGGAGCAGGAGCAGAAACCCUCGAGGAAAUGAACCAGGUUCUUCACUUUGGCACACUGGGUAAUGACAUUUACUCUGCAUACGGCACGUAUCUAAGGUAUCUUUCGGCAGCUGCUGAAAACAAUACCUUGGAAACUGCAAAUAGAAUUUACAAAAGCAUGAGGUUUACGGCAGAAAUAUCAUUUCUUCAAAGGUGUAGAAAAUAUUUCAAUGCAACAGUAGAGUCUAUGGAUUUUGCAAAGUCUCAGAUGUCACGUAGGAAAAUGAAUUCCUGGGUUAGUCAGCAAACACAUAAGAAAAUCCAAAAUCUCAUCCCGGCAGGAGCAUUAAACAGACAAACAUUAAUGGUUCUUGUAAAUGCUAUUUACUUUAAGGGAAGUUGGAAUAGUAAAUUUAAAUCAGAGCACACAACAAAAAUGGAAUUUCGAAAUGGCAAAGCAAGAUUCAUGACGGAUAUGAUGUACCAGAAAGGAUAUUUUGAAAUUUGUCAUGUUUCAGGCUUGAAGUUUGACAUCCUUGAACUUCCCUACGAGGGCAAAUCAAUAAGUAUGUUUAUUCUCCUCCCAACUGACGUAAAUGGUUUAGAGACCGUUGAAAAAAGUUUGACCGAGACUGUAAUAAGAAAUGCACCAAAAUGUCUAAGAAAAAAAGAAGUGAAGGUUUAUCUGCCAAAAUUUAAACUGGAGUCUGCAUUUCAGCUGAAGCCUCAUUUGUCAGCAAUGGGUAUGCCGUCAGCUUUUGACCCAAUCAGAGCCAAUUUUUCAGGCAUAUACAAAUAUCAAGACGUUUACAUCAGUGAAGUUUUCCAUAAAGCCUUUGUAGAGGUCAAUGAAGAAGGAACUGAAGCUGCCGCGGCCACGGGAGUCGUUUUCACAUAUGAAUCCGUUCAAAUCCCUCUAGAGUUUCGAGCCGAUCACCCGUUCCUAUUUUUUAUUAGUGAUAAUGUAAACGACGUUAUCUUAUUUGCUGGGAGAUUUAACGAUCCAGUCAGUGUUUAAGAGAAAGGGAUUCAAAAAUUGUCUAUGAUUUAGACAAAAUAUUUGUAGAUUGC